UAUCAAUUGUUGUUGUCACUUGUAUAUACUGUCAAAUUUGAAUUCUAAUUCACAAAUUAGAUUUACUGUAUUCUUAUUUCUUAUUGUUAAUUAAUAUUACCAUUAUUGCUCUUGAUUUGGCCUAUGUAUGAAUCUUGUGAAGAAAGGAUGGUGCCAAUAGAACUUUUAACGCCGCAUUUGUCUACAAUAAAAAUACCAACAUCCCAACAAUUAGUCUAUAAAGAUGAAUGUGUUCUUUCGUUCGACAACCCGGAGUCAGAAACCGGACUUUACGUGUCACUGACAUCUUUCCUUGGCUUUGGUCGUAAUUACGUGGAUCAUUACUAUCAGAAGACGAAAAAUGCUGUGUUCCUACAUAUUACGAGGAGCAAAGCUCUAGCAGCUCACGAGGAUGCAGAGGAAACCGGCGAUGGACCUGAGAAGAAAAUUACUCGACUUGCGAUUGGUGUUGAAGGAGGUUUCGACCCCGAAUAUGGAAAACGGAAGUACACAUACACAGACCACUAUAAUGUGGUUGUCUUACCUGACUACUACAUGUUCCCGUGGCCCAAUGAUGCGUUACCUGAAGUGGUCAAGAUGUCGGUUCAAGGAAUCAUAGAUGCGCAAUCUCCCUUCAAAAUAGCCGAAAUGGCUGCAUUGCAAGGCACUUGGGAUGGAGAGAAAAGAGAGGUUUCCGUACACUCAGUCAACCUCAAACAGCUAGACAAUGGUGUGAAGAUCCCACCGUUGGGUUGGAAGUGUGAAAAAUGUGAUCUCACUACCAAUUUGUGGCUGAAUCUAACAGAUGGAUCUAUUCUGUGUGGCCGAAGAUUUUUUGACGGUUCCGGCGGAAAUGAUCACGCAGUGGAGCAUUAUCGAAAAACAGGCUACCCUCUAGCGGUGAAAUUGGGAACUAUAACAAUAGAUGGCAAGGGAGAUGUGUUUUCAUAUGCCGAAGAUGAUAUGGUGGAAGAUCCCUACUUGGCUGAUCAUUUGAAGCACUUUGGCAUUAAUGUACAACAAUUGCAGAAGACUGAGAAAUCGAUGGUGGAAUUGGAAUUAGAAUUGAACCAGAAAACCGGUGAAUGGAAUACGCUUCAAGAGAGUGGGAGUGAACUGCAACCUUUGAACGGGCCAGCUCUAACUGGAUUGAAUAACCUGGGAAAUUCGUGUUAUAUCAACUGUGUGAUGCAGGUUUUAUUCCGGAUGCCAGAUUUCGUCCAACAUUUCGUUGAUGGCGUCGAGGAUAUUUUCUUAAAUCUCCCCGAAGAUCCAGUCAACGACUUCAAUAUACAGACGGCAAAAGUUGGCGUAGGCCUGAUAUCAGGGCGGUAUUCGUUUCCCGGGGAUGAUAGCGGGUUCCAGCCAGGAAUAUCACUCCAUAUGUUCCGACAGCUUAUUGGCAAAGGUCACCCCGAGUUUAUGACCAAGAGACAACAGGAUGCGCACGAGUUCUACCUACAUUUCCUUACUCUAUUGGAGCGCAACAGCAGGCAUAAACAAAACCCCUCCGACUGUCUCAAGUUAGUCGUCGAGGAACGUAUACAAUGUACGGAGUCCCUUAACGUGAAAUACGUCAGAAGACCAGAACAUUAUUUGCCUUUGCCGGUUCCAGUCGCGGCGGCGACUAAUGCCACUCAAGUAAGAGAAUACGAGGCAAGACGGGUGGAGGCAGAAGCUAGCGGACAGAGAUUGGACCCAUCACAGACAGUCCGUCCAAACAUCCCAUUCAAGGCUUGCCUCGACAGCUUCAUGAGGGAAGAGUCCAUUGAUCAAUUCUUCAGUUCCGCUGUUAAUAAGAAGGUCACAGCUAAGAAGAUAACUCGUUUAGGGACAUUCCCGGACUUCUUGUGGAUUCAGCUGAAGAAAUUCACUAUCAAAGAAGACUGGACGCCCGCAAAGCUCGAUGUAGAAGUAGAUAUGCCGUGGGAGAUAGACCUAAAGAGUUUACGAGGUCAUGGACCACAGCCCGAUGAGACGCUUUUACCGGAGUCAAGUCCAGACACUCCCGCGCCGGUCUACGAUGAAGCUUUGCUGGCACAGUUAUUGGACAUGGGUUUCCCAGUCGAGGCGUGUAAGAAGUCGCUCUAUUAUACAAAUAACUCCGGUAUGGAGGCUGCGUCUAACUGGCUCAUGGAACAUAUGACUGACUGGGACUUUGCCAACAAGUUUGAGCCGCCCGGAUUUAAAUCAGACAAUGCGGUGACAGUAGACCCAGCAAGCGUGGAACAGAUAACUGGCAUGGGUUUCACAGCAGCCCAAGCGGCCAAAGCUCUCCAGGCCACGGAAGGGGACGUUGGCAGAGCGCUUGACUGGAUCUUCAGCCGGGCAGAACAACUGGAUGUUGACGAAGAAAGUGUCCCGAAAGACAAUAAUUUCGGAUGCAGAGAUGGUGAAGCGAGGUACAAGUUGGUGGCGUUCAUAUCUCACAUGGGUACGUCGACAACGGUCGGCCAUUAUGUAUGUCAUAUAUUACGUCAAGACGCAUGGGUCAUAUAUAAUGACAAUAAGGUGGAGUUGUCACUGAAUGCACCCAAAAAUCUUGGAUAUCUUUAUCUAUACCAGCGUAUUGAGCCUUAACUUAAGUGAUAUGAUGUGAACAAAUUACUAUUUGAAUUAACUUAAAUGGGCAAAAAUGUAAAUUUAUUUUUAGAAGUGGUCUAUCUGUAGACAAUUGCUUCGUCAAGUUUUCAUUAAAUGUCAUAAUUCGUUUGACAUAAAAUUCAGUGUUAGAACAAAUCAAAAAAAAAUUUACUUGACGCUGCCAAAAAGAAUUUUAAUUUUUAUAAAUCUACUCGCAGUGCUAAUAUGAUACAAAACAUACUGUAUGUAAAGCAUUGUCUCCAGUUUUGACAAAAAAAAAACUUUUUAAUAUAUGUAUAAGAAACCUCAAAUGAGUUAUCCCAAUUAAAAUGCAUUUGUGUAUUAAAAUAAACUAAUAAAUUCUAAUGUUUUUUUUUGUCUCUAACACUAUCACUGCAUUGUGUUAUUAUAUGAACACAAUUUAAUUUUUUGUAUUAACUUGAUGUAACAGUUCCCAAAGGCCCAAUAAAUUUUAUAACUUAUUAAAAAAAAAUAUUUUUUAUAUUAUUAAUUAUUAGAUUGUGCUGCCAAUAUCCAUGCUGGAUAAAAAGUGAACCAUCACAGUAAUAUACUUACUUACAUAUUCAUAAAUACUAAAUCGGUAUACUAUAGCUAUUUAAAUAAAGUACUCAUGUGUCAUUUUUAAUCACAGCAUAAAUAAUAUGAAAGAAAGAGAUCAAUAAUUACUAGGUUGUACUGUGACCAAAGUACUUAAUAUUACAUUUAUCAACUGUCUCUCUCUGCCUGUAUCUCUUUGCUUUGUUAUUUGUAUAUACUUUAGUAUUUACUGUGAGUAAAAAUAAUGACUUUAGUUUUUCUUACGCAAAAAAACUAGUGUGGAUCUAUAUUUUUUUUACAA